GAAUGUAAUACACCCGAGCUGCCUUAUUGCGUUAAUUAGUUUAGCUUUAAAUUAAGUGUCUCGCCAAACGAGGGAGUGACGUCAUCUUCACUUGGCUAGGGUUCACCGGCUAAUGAUUCACGUAAUCGCGGCCUCUCCAAACCGGAAGUACAGUGAAGGGGGCGAUUGUGGUUGGAAGCAAAGUGCAUUUUGUUACAUAAACAGACUGUGGCAACCUACUGGCGUCUGUCAGGGAGAUGUCAGCUGUCAUAGUCGUGCACGGUGGAGCGUGGGCCAUUCCUGAUGAGCUCGCCAAGGUCUCAGUUGAUGGAGUAAAGGCAGCAGUACAUAAAGGCUUUGCUGUGCUGCAAAGAGCCAACAGUGCGCUUGAUGCUGUCGAGUCAGCCGUGCGGGCCCUGGAAGAUAACGCUGUGUUUAAUGCAGGUCACGGAGCAGCUCUAAACACAAACGGGGAAGUGGAGCUGGACGCCAUCAUCAUGGAUGGAAAGACACUUGCUUGCGGCGCUGUGUCAUCAGUGAAGAACAUCGCCAACCCUGUUUCAUUGGCGCGGGCAGUGAUGGAGAAGACUGACCACAUCAUGUUGACAGACAGCGGUGCAAACCUGUUUGCAGAGAGCAUCGGCAUGGCCACAGUUCCCACUGAUACACUGGUGACCAAUUACGAGAGAAAAGAGUGGGAGAAGCACAAGAAUUAUGUGACAGGCGUAAUGGAAAACUUUAACUCUCGCUGGGCCCAUGAUACUGUCGGUGCUGUUGCUGUGGACUGCUCUGGAAAUGUGGCCUGUGCCACAUCCACUGGAGGCAUCCGAAAUAAAAUGGUCGGCAGAGUUGGCGACUCCCCCAUCAUCGGCUGUGGGGGAUAUGCAGACAACUUCAGUGGUGCAGUAUCUUGUACUGGCCACGGAGAGUCAAUCCUUAGAGUCACACUGGCCAGACGCAUCCUUUCACACAUUGAGCAAGGUAAAUCAGUGGCUGAGGCUUCUGACAUGUCUCUGCAGUACAUGGGAGAGCGUGUGCGUGGCGCUGGUGGAGUCAUUGUUGUUUCUCCGACGGGUGAGUGGGCAUCAACGUGUACCACGGAGCGAAUGGCUUGGGCUGCCGUGGACAACAGUGUUCUGUACUAUGGGUUAGAACCCAAUGAAAAAUUAAAAGAGCAACUGUCCUAAUAAGUGAUUUCCAAACUUUGAUUACAAGUCAUGUGAAAGAACCGUUUCCUUUAUGUACUCCUGCAAUUGUACACAAAUUAAUGCAUUUUUUUAACUGACCUGUUAAAUCACAUUUUUAUUUUUACAUUGAAACACAAAUGUUAAUGGACUGAGAUAAGAAAAGAUGUUUUAGCUGAGCAAGUUCAUGCAUUUAAUUGUAUGUGUCAGUUUAUUUAUAGCAAUUUGCGUUACAUUAGAUUAGAAUUUAAAUGAACAGUAUAAUUUAAUCCAUUGUGAAGCCAUUCUGUGUAAAGAAAUUGUGAUUUUUAAAACACUUAGUAAAAUAUCUUAUUAUUUUUCUCAGUUUUAAUAAUUGUCAAGGAGAGCUGUGUUGUGGAAGUGGUUAACAAACAUAU